AUUUUUCAAGUGCAAAUUUUUGGAUUGUUAUAAAUGACUAGAUAAUCAACUUUGUUGGUUUCAGAUCCCUUGCAAAUUACAACAGCUUAACUGAUAAGCACCUUGCCGGCUAUUUCAGCAAUACUAGGAUAAGACGUCACCUUCUGAGAUCAGGGCUGAUUUCAAGAAGUGGAAGAAUAAUAUCGGAGAAGGAGUAUCGGCUGAAUGCCAUGAGGAAAGAUCAUCAGAAGUAUAUUCGAGAAUGUUUGGCUCAGGCAAUAUUUCACAAAGUCCUUGACAUGGAACGUCAUCACCAGGUUGAGAUAAAAAGAAAACUUGAAAAUUCUGCCAAGAGAGAACGUGUUCAGAGAAUCAAGGUGGAACGAUCAAGAAAGGCAGCGGAAGAGACAAAUCAUCUGCUUUCUCCACACCCGCCCACUGCACCAAGAAAUCGCUUUGCUCGUCGCAAAAUAAGUGAAAGAGGAGAAACAGGAAAUUUGACCACCUAUCCUCGACCAAACACUGCACCUGGAAACAUACAGCACCCACUUCGAUUGCAGCCUCUAUAUGGCAACGCUACAGUGGAAUCUACACCAAAGGCUACUUCAACUUCCAGAGCAAAAUUCCUCACCUUUGAAAAGGAACAUCAGUUGCCGAGUGGGGGAGACAAAGGGAUAUUAAAGCCUAUGCAUCCAACAGAUUAUUCAUCUGGAAUAUCCCCCUACCGAUUUCCCAUCAUUAACAAUUACGUGAUACCUAUUCCGCCACCACCCAAAAGUGAGAAGAACAUGAGCACAGUGAAAGGGGUGGCAUUGAGAGGUCGAAGGCUUCGCCCAACAACUGCACCCAAUGGCAUGGAGCAAUUGUUAAUGAGGGACACAGGGAAAUUCUACAGGCCUCAAGUACACAGUAAUGCAUAUGUCACCAUGAUCUAUUUGGGAAAAACUGUGCACCUGUCCUAUGACCUUUUAGACUACCGAGAGGAAAUAAAAAUAUAUCAACAACACUGUGGAGGAGAAAAUCUAUGUGUGUACAGGGGGAAACUGCUGGAGGGAGAAACAUUUCACUUUAUCUCCAGGCGGCAUUAUGGCUUUCCCUUCAGUCUCACAUUUUAUCUUAAUGGGAUACAAGUUGACCGCUUAAGUUCUUGCUGUGAAUAUAAGCAUCGGAAGGGUACUCGUCUGGGUGGCAAGCAUGGACACUUUGGUUUUGUCAACGUGGAAAGAUCAGCUCCUUGCUAUAGGUGUAUCAUUUCAAUGGGUCUGGACAAAAAGCCUUCUCCUCCCAAGAAAAAGAUGACUGAUGAAGAGGAUGCAAAGAAAGAAGAGUCAGAGAAAGAAGAAAUGAAAUACAAACUAAGAGAGAGCAGCAGAAGCGGAGGAGAGGAAGAGAAAGAUUCAUUGCCACAGUUUUCACCAACUUCUGUACAAAGGAAAGCAUUUGCAGAAGAUACUAAAACAAUGGAGUGGGAUAGAAAAAAAGAAAUGCAAAAGGCCAGUGAUGAAAGUGAAAAAUACCAGAGAAGUUCAGCAUAUGAUGAAGAUUUUGAAGCAGAUGAAGAGAAAUCAGAUGAGAAAGUUAAUGAAGAAGGACAGGCUGAUGAUCAAAUGAAUGGAAUGUCAAAGUCACCCUCAGAUGAUGAAAAAGAUAAUUUAGACCAUGAAAAGGAGAAUAAAAAGUCAUCACAGAAAGCUUUGCGGGCCUCUGACAGUGAGCGAGAUGAAAGUGAUGGAUAUGGUGAGAGUGACUCCGAGAGGGAGGAUAAACAAGAAAAGAAGCUUGCAUCUUCUCACUCCUCCAGCAGCAUUCUGUACAGCAGUGAAAAUGUCUCUGACUCUGAAACCAGGAAACAAGAUGAAGAGCAAGACAAUACAGAUGUACAUUCUGAAUAUGAAAGUGAGAUGACCAAAUCCCAAAGGGAGGAAAGCCAAGAAAUGGAUGUAGAAGAAGAAGACACAAUCAGUGAAGUAGAAGACACAACAGCCAAACAUAUGCCAGGAAUUUCAGAUGAACUUAAGAUGGAGUCAGAUCUUCGGGACACAAGUCCUGCUUGUGAGAAGUUGACAGACAUGAACAAGAAGGCAGGCAUGGAGGAGGAUUUAUCAGUGUAUCACAGAAGCAGCUCUCCAGAAGAAAAACCCAGCAGCACAGGGCCUUCUGAGGAUGAGGAGGAAGGUGAAUGCAAGUCGGUAAAAAAGAAAAUAGCUGAGGCCAUUGAACAUGAUCAGCUUUUGAGUUCUGAACCCGAACCUAGUGAUUCCAGCACAGAGGAUGAGGAGGAAGGUGUACCUGCUACUCGAGAUAAACAUGAAGAUGGAUCUUCCUUGGCAAAAAAAUCAAAAGCACUCAAAUCACAGAAGGUUGCAGAGCAAGUGGAAGAGAGACAGAUGGUGGGCAAGGAAAGAGCACUUGAGGAAGAGGAGCUUGUAGAUGAGGAAUGCCCCAAAGAAGCAGUUCUGGAAGAAGAAUUCCUAGUCAGAAAACAAGAUCAGACUGUGAGCAAAGAGAUAGAACUGGAGGAAGAAGCAGUAGUAGAAUCAGAUCUGGAUGAUGCAGAGAAAGACAUAACUUACGGGGAAGGAAAGAUAUCUGACGGGAAGACAAAAGUACAAAGAAAAGUCCAGAAGAUGGAGGUAAUGGCAGCAGAACAUGAAAUAUCUGAUGGAGAGGUGAUUUCAGGUGAAUCCCAGUUAGAGGGAGAAGAAGUGAAGGACCACUAUGUCACCAAGAAAUUAAUAGCUGUUGGAAAAGACUCAGAGGGAGUAGAAGGUGCAGAAGAGGUGACUGAGGCAUCUGAAAUUCUGGAAACUAUAGAAUUAGUGGGAAAGAAACCUAUAGAAGGAGAACCCAAGACAAAGGAGAUAAUGGAAGAAGCCCUUCAGACAGGUGAGGUGCUUGGGACAGAAUCUGAAGAGGCAUCACAGAAACAUAUGGUAGAAGCUGAAGGAAAUGCAACUUUGCAGGAACUGGAACAUGAAGCAGGGGGUGUAGAAAGAGCCAGUCUCAAAGAAGACAAAAGUAUGACAGGCAGUGGUUUGAUGAGAGCUGAAUACAUGGAAGAAGAAAUAUAUAUAAAAAUUAAAUUGGGAGAACCAGGCACAAAAGAUAAAGAGAAGGAUAUUUCACUGAUAGCAGAAGGCAUGAUAAGGACUGAAAAAACAGCAUUGGAUGAAGAGAGUCUAGUGCAGUUUGUGAGAGAAGACGUUGAACAGGUAGAGACAGAAGAAAUGCUUCUGAUCUCCAGAAGAGCAACUCCUAAAAGGAAUCUAGAAUUUGAGAAAGAAGAGCUUUUUACUGAAAACAUUUCAGAAGGUUUAGUCUCUAUGACUGAUGAAACAGAAGAAAGGGUGGAUAUUAAAGAGGUAAAGGCAAAAAGAAAGGUGGUGGUUAAAGAGGAGACAGAAGCUGAAGGGACUGAAAGAAAACAAACCAGUAAAGAAAAGGUAGAAGCUGAAAAGGCAGAAAGAGAAGCAGAAGCUGAGGAAGAAGCAGAGGAUGAAGAAACAAACAAAUUACUAUCAAUUAAAUGGGAGAUGAGGAAUGAGGGCUCAGAAACAGAGGGAGAAGUAGUGUCUCUGGUCACAGAAUCUGAGGGAGAACCAGUUUCUGAGAUGACCUUCAUGAGGUGGCAAAGUGUAAUGAACAUGAGAGAAGAUACAGAAGCAGAGGCAGAACAUGUACCUGAAUCAUCAUCACAAAAAGUAACAGUGAUAGGACUGAACAGAGAGACGGGAAAGAACAAUGAAAGCUGCCUUGAAGAUGAAGUGGAAGAAAGACCUGAAGAGACUGCAGCAGGGCAAAAAGCAGUGUAUUUGGAAGUGCAGAGUGAAGGAGUGACUGAUGAUGAAGAGGAGGAUGAAGAUGAGGAAUCAAGCACAGAAGAACAGAUGACAGGAGAAGGAAUAACUCUGGCAGAUGUAGAGGAAGCUCUCCUAAUAGGGAUACAGCAGUUGAUAACUGAAGUGUCAAGGAUGAAUGAGGAAGUGGAAGAUAAGGAAGAGGAACCUGAAGAGGAAAUAUUAGCAGAGGAAAUGUCAACUCAGGAGGAUCCCGAAAAAGAGGAUUUUGUUUCUGUUGUAGUAACAAAUGAAAAGUGGCAUGCUGAGAGUGACAAAGCUGAGGAAGAAGGAGUAAGGGAACCUGUGGAGGGAAACAAUGGAAGUGAAAACAGAACAAGAGGACAGGAAGAAUCUCCAGCAGAAAACCUGGCAGUGACAAAAAUCAUUCAUUGGAGCAUGCAGCAUUCUGAAGGAGAGCAGCCUCCCCAACCUCCUGACUCAUCUGACUGAGGAGACAGAUUUAAAAUGCAGAAUGUCUUGGGGUUGGACAUUCCCACUGUGUCAUCAUUGCAGUCCUGCGUUUUGGCAGAAGAAAAGGCUUGCUCAAACAUUCUCUCCAGUUCCUUCAAUGCUUGCAGUUUCUCUUUCUCAUUGUUAUUAUGAUUAUUAUUUAGUAACGUCUUUUUAAAAAAGAAUUGUUCGAAAUUGGUGCUGGCUGGGGUGUCUGCCCACUUCUUUCUUUUCCUUCCUGUGAGUAGUGUAAGCACCUGACACUUUGCACUAGUACCACUCCAGGCAAGUGAAAUAAGCCUAUCUACCCAUUUCAGAAGUAGCGCUCCUUUAUAAUUAUUAAAGUAAUAAUUAUGAGGCCUGUCCAACAGCUGCCACACAUUUCUUUUCAAAAACUAGAGAAUUAUUAUGUUACUGGAACUUUCCCAAAAUCAGCUGGUAAACUAUGGGGAUUGCAAAAGCCAUGUGAAGACUUUAUGUAGAAUAAUAAAACACCUGCA